AUGUCGCGAGACGUAGGUGACGAAGUGUUGGCGAAAGAGUUACAGAAGCUGAUUCUCGAGGUGUCGCUGGAGCAGCUGCGAGAGCACCCACCGGUCGUGCGACAAGGGCUAUGGGGGAUCCCAGCGAGUAAAAACCGCGCGGAGGAGAUCGCGGAAGCUGAGAGAGAAGUGGCGAAACUGGUCGCUGCGAUCGACGGUGUAGAUGCGACGAUGGAGACAGAGUCGCGGUUGGAUGAUGCCCAAGGGGCGGGCGACGCCUUGGGUGUAGAAGAUCAGGCGACAGAUCCACGGGCGACAGUCUCUGUCGCAUCGCCGCCGCCGGCGGGAUUCGCGCAACCCAGCACACCCGCGAGUGCGAAAGGAACUUCCGCGGCCGCGAAUACCCCCUCGCCCGGUGCACACACCCCCUCGCCCGGUGCACACACCCCCUCGCGCGCUGCCCUGACCCCCUCACCCUCCUCCACGUGGCUACCGUUUGGGGGGAUUCUGGGCGCGUGGAUGUCGCCCACCUCCCCGCCCCCCGACUCAGAUGCGGCCCGCUCCUCCCCGCCCCCCGAUGCGGAGGCGCAAAGCAAGGCGGGCGAUGCGGAUAAUGCAACGCGCGGGUCCGGUGGGGAAGAGCAGGCGACUCCGGCGUCGCAAGAAUCGCAGGCUCUGGCGACUGGACCUGCGACUGAAACUGCGACUGGACCUGCGACUGAACCUGCGAUCGGGGCGAUGUCCGGAGGGCCUGACUGGGUUAUUGCAGCGGCGGGGACACGUGGCGGAUCUGAAUUGGAAGAUCCGAUCGCAGCAGCAGACGUGAAGGAGGAGGGAAGCAGAUUGGAGAAGGUAGACGAGAGGGACGAAGACAGUUCCCCUCCUGCUGCUGCCGCUUCUCCGCCUCGAUCUGCUGCCAUCACACGCACUGCUGUUGCCGUAACGGCAGAGCAGCUACAGGCGGCAGAGCAGCUACAGGCGGACGUGGUGGAGGCGGCUGUAGCGCAGGCGGCUGCCAGCUGGCAUGCCACGUGGACGCAAAAAGGAGAGCAGAGGAGGGAGCAGAGAGGCGAGCAGAGGGGGGAGGUGCGGAUGAGAGGGGAGCGGGAGGAGGAAGGGGUGGAUCUGGGAGACGAGGCGGUGGCAGCAGCAGCGGCGUCACUGCAGCAGCACGUGCUGGCGAUCGCCCUGGAGCAAGCUGUAGCGGCUGUAGCGGCUUCAGCUGUAGCGGCUGGAAAAGCUUCAGCUGUAGGAGUUUCGACUGCAGCGGUUGUAGCUGAGCGCAGCGAUGAGUGCAAGACGAGGGACGACCUGGUGGACACAGUCGUGGACGUGGCCCUCCAACAGGCAGCUGCCACGUGGCAUGGGCGGGAGGAGGAGCUGAGGAGACUGCUGAAGGAGCAAGAGCAAGAGAUGGAGGAGGAGAGGCGGAGGUGGAAGGGCGUGUGUGAGGGGAGGGACACCCGAGGAGAGGAGGGGGACGGGGGCGAGGGGGAGCAGCAGGAGGAGGCAGAGUCAGGGGUGGCGACUGGAGAAGCCUUGGCUGUAGCGGAGCGCAGCGAUGAGGGGAAGAUGAGGGACGAUCUGGUGGACACAGUCGUGCACGUGGCCCUCCAACAGGCCGCUGCGGCUGUAGCACCGGCUGUAGAGGCGGCUGUAGCGGCGGCUGUAGCGUCGGCUGUAGCUGAGGAGAGGAAUGAGUGGGCGGCGAAGGGCGAUCUGGUGCAGGCGGUGCUGCGGACGGCAGUGGAGCAGGCAGAAGGCGACUGGCGUGGAUGGAGGGAGAGGUGUGCAGAGGAGAGGCGAGAGCUGCUGGACCGACUGGCUGCAGCAGAGCAGGCGGUGAGAGCAGAGGCAGCUGGUAGGGCUGUGGCGGAAGAGGCUAGGAGGGCGGGAGAGAGGGAGGGUACGGCUGUAGCAGCGGCUGUAGCGGCGUCUGUAGCUGAGGAGAGGGAGGAGUGGGCGGCGAAGGGCGAUCUGGUGGAGGUGGUGCUGCAGACGGCGCUCCAACAGGCUGCUGCCACGUGGCAUGAGCGGGAGAGGGAGCUACAGAGGCAGGUGCUGGAGCAGCAGCAGCAGCAGCAGCAGCAGGCGGAGAUGAGACGAGCUGAGGAGAAGGAAGAGGGGGAGCGGAGAGAGGCAGAAGGCAGGAUGGGUGGGGAAGUGAUGGUGGAAGUGAUGGGAGUGGCGAUGCAGCAGGCAGAGGAGGAGUGGCAGGCGCGUGUGGCUGCUGGCGAGGCCAACGCUGCUGCUCUGGAGAGGAGAGCAGCAGCAGCAGAGGCGCUGGUGGUGCAAGUGGGAGAGAGGGCAGAUGCGGCAGAGGCGAGGGCGGAAGCUGCGGAGGCGGCGAGGGGCGAGGCGGAGGGGAGGGCGGAAGCAGCGGAGGCAGGGGCAGCGGAGCAGCAGCAGCAGGGGACAGCAGAGGCGGCUGAGCUGUGGGGCGAACUGGCUGAUCGGGAAGCGGUGUGGGCCGCUGAGAGAACACAGCUGGAGGAACGGGUGAGAGCAGAGGAGGAGCGGGCGAGAGAGGCAGAGGAGCGGGUGAGGGCAUUCGAAGAGGAGGUGGAUCAGCUGAGGAGGACAGUUGAAGCGGUGGAGAGAGAGAGGGACGCGCGGAAGGAGGAGGAGGGGCGGCAGGGGAAGCUUCUAGAGCAGCUGAGAGCGGCGGAGAGACAGGUGGUGGAUGGCGCUGCCAGGCUGGCAGCUUGCGACGCUCUGAUUGGCCGGCUAGAGGGGGAGGUGAGGGAGAAGGAGCGGCGGGUGGGGGAGUUGGAGGGUGAGGUGGCGGCGGUUCAUCAGGAGCUGUUUAGUGAGCGGUGUAUCUCGAGUGGGAGGGAGCAGCGGUGCAGUGCGGUGAAGGGUGAGUUGGAAGAGGUGAAGCGUGGUUAUGACAGGCGGAUUGCUGAGCUGGAAGCUGACGUGGCGGAGCGGAGGGAGGUGGAGGAGGGGUUGAGGGAGAGGGUGCGUGCGCUGGAAGGGGAGAGGAGGGGGAGAGGGGGGCGGGGAGGGGGGGAGAGAGGGGAGGAGAGAGGAUGGGGGAGAGGAGGAAAGGGAGGAAGGGAGAGAGGAGGGAAGGCAGGUACUGGUUCAGAGGAUUCGGUGGGAGGGGAGGGGGAGCGAGGGGAGGAGGAGGAGGAAGGGGAGGAGGUAGAGAGCAGGAGAGAGGAGGAGGGCAGGGCGAGGGUGGACGUUGGCAUGAGUGGAUUCAGGUGGGGGGGUGGAGCAGGGGGAAAGGCAGGGGGAGGGUCAAGAGCAGAGGCACGAGCAGGGCUGUCGAUGCUGCUGGAUGAGGAGGUGUCAGGGCGGGCAGGGCAGGACAAGCAGUCAGGCGAGUUUGCAGGGCGGGCGUUUGUGGUGCGGCCGGGUAGCACUGGCGGGGCGGUGGUGGGGCGUGGCACGGGGGGGAGUGAGGGGGGAGGAGGGCAGGCGAGGGAGGGGAGGGAGGGGGGUAAGGAGCGGCGACCAGCUUCUGUUGGCGCCGCGCCCAUGCCCAGAAUAGCUGGCAGAGGGGGAGGAGGAGGUGGGGGUGGUGGUGGUGCUGGUGGUAGGUUUGGGGUUAAAGGAGGGAGGUUUUCUGGUGGGAAUGGGGGCUUUUGGCAUGGUGGGAGUGACAGUAGCGAGGGGGGGUUCAGUGAAGAGAGUGAGGGGAGUGAAGGGCCUGUGUCAGAGGAGGGUGACGUGUCACCCUCGUUAAGAUCACCUGAGAUACGAGCACGUGUGAGGAUUGCGCCGUGGGUGAGAGCAGGGAGUGGGGACGGGGAGGAUGAGGGGGAGGGGGAGGAGGAGCGGAGGGAGAUGGAGAGGGAGGUGGAUGGGAAGAGGGAGGUAGGAGAAGUGGAAAAGGAGGGUAGCGGAGAGAGUGAGGAGGAGGGAGAGGCGGAGGAAGAGGAUGGGGUGGCGCUGCUGCUGGAGAUGGCGCAGGUGGUGGCGCGGGAGAGUGCGGGCGAGGGAGGGGGAGAGGGCGGAGAGGGAGAAGCGGAAAGGAGGACAGCAUCGGGUGAAGAUGCGGAUGGGGAGGAGGUGAGUUGGGGCAGGAGGGAGGAGGUGGAGGAGAGCAGUGGGAGCGUGGGCGAUGGAGCAGGUCGAGGCGUGGCAAGGGCGGAGGCAGGCACGGAGCUGGGGGCCCUGGAGGAGGGUGCUGGGUCUGCUGUGAAGGGCGGGCGGCCAGAGGGGCGCGGAUUCACAGGGGACAUGGAAGGGCGGGUGAGGGCGGGCGGGAGAGUAAAGGGCUUGAAUUGGGAUGUGGAAGGGGAGGUGGAGGAGGGGCCAGGGGCAGAGGAGCGGGUGGAAGGGAGUGAGAGGGUUGGGGAUGACGAAUCAUCGAGUGUUGAAAUGAGAAAUGGCAACGCGGCAGCAUGUGGGGCAGAAGACGGGGGGAGUGUGAUGACAGGAGGAGGGAGUGCGAUGACAGGAGGGGGCAGUGCAAUGACAGGUGAGAGUGGGCGGUGUGCGGAGAGGCGGGUGGAGGAGUUGGAGGAGGCGAUGAGUGCCAUUCUGGCUCAGGUGGAGGCGUGGCGCGGCAAGGCGGAGCGGCGGCAGCAGGAGGCCCACGCGCUGAGAGACGCUGUGAGGCGGCUGGAGGCACAGGUGGAGGGUACUCAGACUCACCAGCAGCGCGCUCUUGACGCUGCUGCUCCUGCUGCUCCUCCUGCUCCCCCUGCUCCCCCUGCUGCCGCUGAUCCUGCUGCUUCUGCUUCUGCUUCUGCUCAGUCUGUGGCUGUACGGGUGGAUGCUGCCGGUGCUGCAGAAGGUGGGGCCCCUGCCAGUGCGGGGACAGGUGAAUCUGCGGCGGGUGAAUCCGAGGUGGGAGAAUCAGGAGAAGGGGAGCCGGAGGCAGCGAGUGUGCGGGUGAAGGUCCUGAACCUGGAGCUGAUGAACAAGAACAAGCGCAUCGCAGCGCUGGAGGGGCGCCUGCACGCCAGCAAGGUCGCCGUGUCUCAGAUCGCCCGCAGCUACCACGAGCUAGACGCUGCUCGAGAGGAGGCUGAUGAGUGUAGGCGGAGGUUGGGUGAGGUGGAGGAGGAGUGGCGGGGGAAGGUGGCUGAAGCGGAGGAGGAGAAGGAGGUGUAUCGAGAGAGGAUGGUGGAGCUGCAGCAGUAUUGGCGGGAGUCGAAACGGGCUGCUGAGGAGUGGGAGGCUGCUGCGGAUGAGGAGAGGGAGAGGGCGGAUGAGGAGAGGGAGAAGGUGAGGGGGUUGGGGAGGGAGGUGAGGGAGGAGAGAGAGAAGGUGGCGAGUUUGUUGCGGGCUGUGGUGGAGAAGGAGGAGCGGCUGUGUGCGUUUGCUGCUGAUAGUGAGCAGCAGAUGAGGGGGUUGAGAGAGGAGGUGGAGGAGUUGAGAGCGGUGGCGCGGGAGAAGGAGGAGGAGAUGGAGGGGGUGAGGCGGGACUGGCAGCAGGUGUUGGUUGGGUGGGAGGAGGAGGAGGAGCAGAGGAAGAGCGAGCAUGAGAGGGAGAAAGGUAGGCUGGAGGAACAGCUGGAGAGAGCAAGGGAGAGGGAGGAAGAAUUGAAAGAGGAGGUGAGUAAGCUGAAUGUGAUUAUAGCGAGUCUGGAGAAGGAGGUAGAGGCGCAGCAACAGCAGUUGGAUGCUCUGGGGAAGGAGAAGGAGGAGGGUGGCGGGGGGAGGCACGGCCAGGGGGGGAGUGGGGGGGAGUGGGGGGAACGAAGGGGGGAAGGGGGGAAGGGAGAGGGGUGUGGGGGCGGGGAAUGGCAGGAGGUGGUGGAGCGAGCAGCAGCGGAGAUGGAGCGUGUUUGCAGGGCGUUAGGGGAGGAGUUGGAUGCGGUGGAGAGGGAUAGGGCGUGGUGGCGGCAAGUGGGGGAUGUGCUGUGGUGUGCGGGCAACAGCAGGGAGGGCGAAGGUGUGGGCAAGGAUGCAGGUGCAGGUGCAGGUGUGGAUGGGGGUGCAGGCGCAGGUGCAGGUGGGGGUAUCAGUGGCAGUGCCAGUGGCAUUACCAGUGGUGGUGCAGAGGCUGGGGGAAACGCAGGGGUGGCAGCGCGGCAGCUGCUGAAUUGCUCCCAGGCCUUGAAACGGCUGAGUAACGCUGGCAUGGUGGGGGAUGCAGGUGGUGACAGGGGGCGGGAAGGAGCAGGUGCCGGUGGGCGGCAGGAAGAGGUAGAUGUGGCAGAGCGGUUGGAAGGGAUAGAGAGGAGUGAAGAGAGGGUGGAGAGGGAGAGGCAGGAGUGGGAUGCAGCAGCUCUGACAGCAGAAAGCCAGCAGCACCGGCUGAGUCAGCUCAGAGAAACGCUGACUCAGCAGCUGCGCUCCGUCUCGACAGCUGUCAGCCAGCUGCGGAAGCGCAGGCGCCAGCUGGCGUGCGAAGCGGCGUGCCAGCUGGCCAAGGCUGGUGACGUGGCAGGGGCGGCAGUGGGGAGUGUGGUGGGGGAGGGUGUACACGUGGCAGUGUUGGAGGAAGCAGUGAGAGGCAUGGAGGAGGCUUGGGGGGAGGAGCGAGCAGCGACGCUGGAACAGGCCUCCCAGCUUCGGCAGUACUUGGCUGAUCUGGCCGAGGCUCGGAAGGCCCUGGAAGAGGCUCGGGGAGAGGUCCGGCCAGGGGUGGGGUUAGGUAGGGAAGGGGAGCAGGGGAGGGAGGGUGUGGGAGCGGUGGGUGUGGGAAGGGAGGGAGUGAGGUGCGAGGGUGGGGGUGAAGGGGGGGAGGAGGUGGUGUUGGGUGUGCAGCUGCAGCUGCUGGUGAUGCAGUUGGCACUGGAAGCAGCAGAGGAGAGGGUGGGGAGGAGAGACGAUGGGGGGAUGAGUGAGAGGAUGGUGCAGAGAGAGGAGGCUGAUGGGAGGGGCGAAAGUGGCGAGAGGGUGGGGGAGGAUGGGAUGGGGGAUCAGUAUGAGAGGAGGAAGGGUGGUGGAUGGGAGGAGGAGAAGCAGGAGGGCACGGCGGGGUGGGAGCAAGAAGCGAGGGCGAGGGACUUGGAGUCGUUCAUUGUGGUGCAGGCGCUGCAGCAGACGGAGGAGGAGGAUGGGGCAGCAUGCAGGGCGGCAGCAGAUGGGGCAGCAGCGCAGCAGUGCCAGUGCGGGCACGACGGGGAUGCAGCGAGGAGAGCGCUGGGGUGCUGUGAGCUACAGCUGCUGGUGGCGCGUGAAGCAGUGGUGCAGAGCGAGGGGUGGGGUGAGGCGGUGCGCAGAGAGGUGGUGAGAGAGAGGCAGCGGAGGGAGGAGGAGAGGAGGGAGUUGGAGGAGUGGGGUGAGAUGCUGGAGGAGCAGCGCCGGGUGGCAGAGGUGGCAGCAGCGAGGGAGAGGGAGGAGCUAGUGGGGGAGCGGGAGGGGCUGCAGAUGAGAGUGGGGGAGCUGGAGGGGGAGGUGUGUGAGGCGCGGAGGAGAGUGGGGGAGCUGGAGGGGGAGGUGGGGGUGAAGGGCGAGGAGGUGGGGCGCUUGCAGGGAGAGGUGGGUGAGUUGCGAGAGCACAAGAGAGUGCUUUACGGGCAGGUGAACGGGUUUCUGGGGCAGGUGGAGGAGAUGCACGGGCAGAUUGAGGACUUACAAGGGCAGGUGAACGGGCUGCGGGGGCAGGUUGAGGAGUGGCAAGGGCAGGCGAGUGGGUUGCAGCAGCAGGUGCAGGCAGGGCAGCAGGCGAUGGUGAGGGAGCAGCAGCACGGGGAGGAGCGGGUAAGAGCAGCAGAGGAGAAGGUGAGAGCCGCACUGCAGGCGCUAGAGGAGACCAGAAAGGCCGCUGCCAGUGCUGCUGCACGUGCCGCAGCUGCCCUGGCAGAGCGGGAGAGGCAGGCAGGGGAGGAGAGGGAAUGGUGGCGGCAGGAGGUGGCGCGUAUGGAAGGGGAGGUGGCACGGGUGGGGAGGGAGGUGGAGCGAGUGAUGGGGGAGAGGGAGAGGGCGGAGAGGGAGAGGGAAGGGGAGAGGAGGAGGAGGGGGGAAGCGGAGGAGAAGCUGAAGGAGAUUGAGAGCCGCCUCAAGCUGCAACUCGCCUGGCCCUCCUCUCCGCCCCUCUUCGCCCCCUCUGCCGCUGCAACCGCCGCUGCUGCCGCAGCUGCUGCGGCUGGCACUGCCGCUGGCGCUGCUGCUGCAGGUGGUGGUGGUACUGCUGCUCAUCCUUCCGCCGCGCCUUCCUCUGCAGCGGCGUUCUUCACGGCACAGGGGGCGGGAGGGCGAGAGCAGGGGGUGGGGGACGCAGGCAGCGUGCAGAAGAACCUGAUGUGGGCGCUGGACCAGGCAGGGGUGGCGGAGAGGGAGGGGAGGGAGGGGAGUAGGCAGCUGGCAGCAGCCAGUGGCGCUCUGGUGUUGCAUCAGGGGGCACCUGAAGAAACACCUGGAGGGGCGGCAGGGUAUACACCCGGUGCCAAGACACCUGCGUUUUUCACACCGUCGGCAGUCACGCCUGCUACAGCUGCCACGCCAGCAGGGACAGGCCGGCAUGGGCAGCAGCUACAGCCGUGGUCGCCUGCCUCUAGCAUGGCCUCUCCAGGCGAUGCCACUCCCUUCCGGCUCCUACAAGCAGCGGAGAAGAAGUGGCGGCGGCAGCAGGAGGCGGUGGGCGUGGCGAUGGCGAACCUGGGGCGGGCGGAGAGGGAGGUGCAGCUGCUGGGGGACGAGGUGGACGCGCUGAGUGAUCUCGUGGAGGAGGCUGCUGUGCGCCUGGCGCACCACGCCCCCAUGCUGCGCGGCCUUCCUGGGGUGAGUGGGGCAAAGGCAGAGCACGCAUGGGCAUAUCCACGCUCGUGCUGGGGGACGAGGUGGACGCGCUGA